AAAUCCACCGGCCAAUGUCAAACUGAGUGAUUGACAGUGAUCUGGAGGAAAGAUGGCAAACUCGGAGUGUUCCAGCGGCCCAGUUACGCACGUUUUCAGGGGGACAUUUAUCCACUCGACCCCCGAAACGGCGCUGCAGGUCCUGGAGGACGCGCUCCUGGGAGUGGACACUGCCGGGAAGAUUUCUUUCAUUGGAAAGGGUGAAAACUUACUGGAACUGUCUCAGAAGUUUGGAUUCAACCCAUCAGACGUCAAUCAACUGGCACAACAUGAGUUCUUCAUGCCAGGAAUGAUUGACACACACAUCCAUGCAUCCCAGUACAGCUACGCAGGCACAGCCUUGGACAUGCCUUUACUGCAGUGGCUCAAUACUUACACCUUCCCUGUGGAGUCACACUUCAAGGACUUGGAGUUUGCCAAGAAAAUCUACACACAAGUAGUGAAGAGGACUUUAAGAAACGGAACAACAACUGCAUGUUACUUUGCUACCAUACAUACAGAUGCCUCUCUUCUGUUGGGUCAGAUUGCAAAUGACUUUGGACAGCGAGCAUUGGUUGGCAAAGUGUGCAUGGACAGAAACAACUCUGUGAAACAUUACAGAGAAACCGUUCAGGAGUCUGUAGAUGAAACACAUCGAUUCAUCAAAGAGCUUCUAAAUAAAAAGUACCCCCUUGUAAAGCCAGUGGUAACUCCUCGUUUUGCCCCGUCCUGCACAGAAGCUUUGCUUGAACAGCUCGGAACCAUUGCAAAGAACAACAACCUUCACAUUCAAAGUCACAUCAGUGAAAACAUUGAUGAACUAAAACUUGUAAAGGAGCUGUUCCCGGACUCAGAAACCUACACAGAUGUUUAUCACAAAUUCAACCUGCUCACUGACAAGACUAUAAUGGCCCAUGGCUGCCACCUCAGUGAUAAAGAGCUGACCGUGUUCAGAGAAACAGGAACCUCUUUGUCUCACUGUCCCAAUUCCAACGUUUCGUUGUGCAGUGGAAUAUUAGAUGCCCGCAAUGUCCUGAAUCACAAAGUGAAACUGGGGCUGGGUACAGAUGUUGCAGGCGGCUACUCGUCCUCCAUCCUUGAUGCUGUGAGGAGAACUCUAGAUGCAUCAAAAGUCCUGACAAUCCAGAACCCACAGCAUCAGACUCUCACUUUUGAGGAGGUGUUCAGACUGGCCACACUGGGAGGCAGCCAAGCCCUGUCCCUGGAUGACCAAAUUGGAAACUUUGAAGUAGGGAAAGACUUUGACGCCCUGAGAGUUAAUGUGGCAGCUCGUGGUGGGCCCAUUGAUUUGGUGCAAUGUAAAGAACCAAAGAUUCUGUUAGAAAAGUUUUUGAAUCUGGGAGAUGAUCGGAACAUUGUGGAGGUGUUUGUAGCUGGGAGGAAGGUGGUGCCAUGUGAAGAUCUGGCAUUGGAGUGAUCUCCUCAGUCUGCUCAUCAUUUUAAUCAGGCUAACCAGGAAAAUGUUCAGUUUCACGCAUUCACUGUUUAAAAUUAAAAAUGUCUCUUUAAAAAAAAAUAGUAACUAUUUCGCUCCACACAGCUUGUGUGACACACAAACUUAAUCUGCUCUGUGGCUGCACAAAGUAAAAUUUGAAAAAAAUCUAAAACAUUAACACACAAAAAGAGGCUGUUUUUUUUCAGCAGAGGCUCAAGUUAGUCUGAUAUUCAUUGUGUUUGAAAUCACUGUUGCUGGGUUUUUCAUUUGGAAAAAACAAGGGACCUUUCAAAUGUUUCAAAUUCCUUUUUUGUUUUAGAAGUCAACCUAUGGCCUUUUAUUUGAGUUCUACUUCUGCAUCAUAUUAGGAUCAAUAAUAACCCACUAAAGUCUGUAAUUACUAACCCUUUGAUGCCUAUUAAUGCAAAUAUGCGUCAACCCACUUCUGCUUCAAACUUACCUUAAUUUAGCAUCUACUUGAAAGCAACAACAGAAGUGAAAUUUUUAUUCAUAAUGGAAACUAAAUUCUGAUGUCAAGGACUUAAAAUACGAACACUUUUUAUUGUAACUUUCAAUUAUUUUAACUAAUUGACAGAGGACUUGAAUUGUUUUCUACCUUCAAUUGACAAAAACUUGAGGGAAUUUCCUCAUAAAAAGAUGUUCUUUGACAAUCCCCCUUUUUCGUCCUUUUUUUUUAAUGCAGUGUCAACUAAUGAUCUGACGGACUUUAGUGUUUAUUAUCAGUUUUUUAUGAAAACACUCCAUCUAGAGCUAUUUUGACAUGGAAGGAACAACAUACUGUUUUUUAUGUUUAUUUUUCUGGUAAGAUUUAUUCUAAGCAGUUUGUAAAUUGUUGUUAAAAGCUGGAUGUAAUAACAUGUAUUAGCACAAAGCCUGUAAUGAAAUUGCUGAAAAGUUUCUUGUGACUAAUGUAACAUAAUAGAUAAAGAUUUUUUUGCAUUCUUUGAGCACUUAAUACGUCAUUUAAAUAAAGAAUAUCACACAAUG